AAAUGACAUAUGGAAGUGACAACACCAACAAAAACGUCAAGUACGUGUUAAAAAGUGUCUUAGGCGUGAUAUGUUGCAUUUUUAAUGAAUACAGUUAGAAGCAGUCUAAAUUAACAUGUUCUCGUCGUUGAAGAAUAAAAUUCGCGAGGAAACAGGUAGUGAUUUGUCAAAAUUCACGUCGAAAAUCACCUCUACGACUCAACAAAAAUUGGAAUCGUUACGCGGCCGUUCUAGGCAAGGUUCGUCGUCGAGUAUAAAUUCGAUUGUUUCACAAGAAGGAUUAAAAGAUGAUGGUUCUUUAAGCGAUAUACAAAACGAGGAGAUGAGAAUACGUUUGGUGCGAAUAGAGGCAGAGUUUGCUCGGAAACUAGAUGAAAAAGACAAGAGAAUUUUGUGUUUGGAAACUGAGAAAGACGAGGCUUAUCGACAGUUACAAAAUUAUAAGGAAUUAUUAAAAAAUGCUGAAGAUGCUAAAUUAAAACUGGUAACUCAUCAAGAAGAUAAAGAACAAAUAGAAAACCUUCAAACACAAGAACUUUCAAAAGUGAAGCAUUUAGUUUUGCAACGUGAUAAAGAGCUUGAAGAAAAAUCGAUAGCUUUAAAAGAGGCAAAUCAACAAUUGGAAAAAUUAAGAAGUGAACUUCAUAGACUUAGGCGGCAGGAAGAACUUUUAAGUGAUGUUCAGGACGAUUUAGAAAGCUUAAGACACUCUAGUGCACGCGAUUUAUCCACGAUGGCAUCAGAAUUAUCAAAAAGCGAAGAGGAUCGACGACACUUAUCGGAUUUGGUGGCGGUGUUCCGAGAGAGAGCUGCUCAAGAUUCGAAUAGCGAUGCUUUUGCUGUCGAACGUAAACUAUUGGAACAGCGUCUGGAGGAGGCCCAUUUACAUUUAGCUGAUAUAAAAACAUCGUGGAGUGAUAAGAUCGCGUCAUUAGAAACACAAGUGGGUCGUUUGAGUAGGCAAGCCGCCGAAGAAGGAGCUGAACGUCGGAGAGCGCAUCAAGAAAAGGAGGUGUUAGGUGAAAAAGUGAAACAAUUAGAAUGGGAAUUGGAAUGUAACCGUUUGGAGUUGAAUAAUAAAGAGGUUAAAAUAAAACGUUUGAUUGAAGAAGUCGAGGAGAUGUCGAGUGAGCUAAAAAAGAAUAAAAAUGAUUCGGAGAAAGAGAUUUUUAAUUUACGCGAUCGAAUUCAAUCUGCAGAUACUGAAAUAAAAAUUGUCAAGAAAAACUUGGAAAAUACUGAAUCAGAAUGGGAGAAAACGGAAACAGAAUACCGUAAAUUAAAGAAAACUAUUGAAACCGACCAACAAGCUUACGAAAGUAUAAAAGAAACGGUUGGAAAAUUGGAAAAAGAAUUGAACGAGGAGAGGUAUUAUUCUGUCAACAUGCAAAACACUUUAGCAAGGGUGACGACUGAAAAAAAUACGGCUCUAUUAAGAAAUGCAGAAAUUUCACAACAGAUGGAGCUAGCGAAACAAGACGUUCGAAGACAAGAGAUGGAAGUGAAAGAACUUGUGCGGAAAUUAACUCUGUUGGAGGAAGAAAAUAAAAUUUUAAAAGACCGAGAUAAUAAAAGUUUAGAGCAAGAGUUACGGGCAACUUUGACCGUUUUAGAAGAGCAGAUAUCUGAUAAAAAUAAGCUAAUUAAAACACUUCAACUUCGAUUAUCUGAUAUGAAAAAAACCCUUCAACAAGAACUACGAACUCCGACGAACACAAGUCUAAACAAUUUUGACAACAAUGCUGCCAUUUUAACGCCAAGUCAAACGACGACGACGGCAACAAAACUGUAUGGUUCAUCGCGUCGGAGCGACGAAGAAGACGUUAAUUUUAAGUACUUAAAACACGUAAUUAUAAAAUUUUUAACCAGCCGGGAAUAUGAAGCUCAACAUUUAAUUCGAGCGGUGGCGACUUUGUUGAAAUUUUCACCUGAAGAAGAAAAGUUACUACACGACACAUUGGAAUGGAGAAUGUCAUGGUUUGGUAGUAAACCGAAAGUUGGUAAUGGUCCCGUUUUGAAAACGAAUCAAACUCGAUCUGGUAGCUGACGAUUAUUGUGAUAAUAAAAAUUAUAUGAUAAUAAUUUAUUAAUCAUUCGUAAUAAUUAAGUGUUUUAAAAGCAUCUUUUCGUUUAAAAGCUUUUUUUCGCUUUAAAUAAUUCCUUCUUUUUGUGAUACUUGUUGUUUAUGUUCGUUGUUUUUCCUCUUAGUUUUUUUUUUUUGAAAUUAAGCAGUAUCAUUCCUAAAAAGUAGUAUUCAAUAUACUGAAGAUGUAUAUAAAUAUGUAUUUGUAUAUAUUAUAUCUAUAAGUAAAACUUAACCUAAAUAGAUUAUUUGUAGAUCGAUCGAUCAAGCUAUUAUUAAAUGUAUGUAAAUAUUAUAAUAAACUAUCGAUAUUCAAAGAUA